UACUGUCUCCGGAGUUUGUUUGUUUUUCCUUUGCUGAUACUUUUUUUUUCUUUGCUGCUUGACUUUUUUUAAAGGGGAAGGGUUGUUUUAAGCCUUUUACACUGCAGUUGGGAAGAAAUACUCCCCUGAUGCAACAAUCAACACUUUGAAGAAAUAAUUGAAUAAUGAAGCAGAGCUGCUAGAAAGAAGCUUUUAAUGACAAGGAACCAAGAUGAGUGACGAAUAUUCAGCAAGGCUUCUUGGCUAACUAGAAAGAUUGACAUUCAAACAUUGGAAGGCGGCAGACGGAAAACCUGUUUCCAUGGUGAGGAUGAGCUUAAAAUCCUCUAAGGAGCUGCUGAAGUUCCAAGCCUUAAUGGACGCCAUCCUCACGCAGUAAAAUCUGUUCAGUUGUUUCUUAACAUACAAUUUUCAAGAAUAGAAGAUUAUGUCCCAAGCUCCCUUGUUAUACUGCCCUUGUUGGGAUCCUUGGAAAGCAAGGGGUAAAAAACUUGUAAAAACUAAAGCAGGCUCACUGAAUCAGAAGUCAAAAAAAACAUCACCAGGAGGGAUCCUUAAAGACCAGUCCAAAGUCCAGUCAAAUUCUUCAAAUACGUCUAGAGUGAAAUUUUCCACCAAAACCUAUGUGCAACCAUUAAGAAGCAGAGACCCUCAAGAUAUAUCCAAAGUGUUUGAAGAAGAGAUCACGCCUGGUUUUACCUUGUCUCACAGUAAGGAACAUAUUGAUGUCACAUUGGGUGAAGAAUUCUUUGAGAAACAAAAGCCUACAGAAGAAGCCAUCAAAACUACUGUGCCUGGCACUCCACCUAAGCUUGAAACGGAAGAUGUUGUUGCUGAUUUAGUGGAACAGAUUUCUGAGCUGACAGCUAUUAUAGAGCAAUUGCGCCGAGAUCAUCAAGUGACACAUAAACAGAUGGAGAAAGAUAUGGAAGAAAAAUGCAAUGAGAUGCAAGAGGAGCAUGAUAAUAAAAUGAGGGAGAUUCAAGGAUAUCACAUAAUACAAGUGAAUAACCUGGAAGAGCAGUAUAAGAAAGAGUUGCGGAAUGAGAGGGCAACUGCGCAAGAAAAAUUGGCUACUAUGCAGAAGGAAUACAAAUACCUGAAGAAUGCAUUUCGUAUGUACCAGGAUAGCAUUUCUGAUGAAAUGGAAGAAAAAUGGCUGAGAAGACAGGCCGAAUGGAAAAAAAGUGAGAGGACUGAACGAGAAAAGGCAUUAUUGCAACAAAAGCAAUCUUUAACAAAGAGAUUUGAGAUGGAAUUAGAGGAGCAGAAGAAGAUUAUUCAGAAUAACAGUUUUUUGCUAGGCAGAGUUUUUGAACAAGAGAGAGAAGAAUUUCAGAAGCAGAAACAAACUGCCUUGGAAAAUAUAGAUGCGUUAAAUGCCAAAAUCAAGGUGUUGGAGAAUGAAAUAAAUGAGAAGAAUGAAACUCUUCAUUCUAUCGCUUCAUCUCUUCACAAAGCAGAGUUGGAACUUCAGAAGGAGAAAGUCAAAAUGGCAGAUAUGGAGAAAACUAUCCAACAAAAAGCAGCAGCUGUUGAAGAGAAAUAUCGAAUUAACAUAGCUUCUUUGACAGAAGAAAACAACACUUUGAGGCGCAAGCUUAUUGAGAAGAAUGAAGAGAUAUUUACUGAACGUGCUCAACAAAGUAGUAUUUUUGGAUUGUUUGAUUAGAACUAUGCAUGAAGAAUUGGCUUAUGGGAGAUUGGGUGAAGCUAUUUCUUCAGA